AUGUUCGUUCGCUCCCUCUUGCUGGGUGGCACUGCCGCCUUGGGCGCCAGCGCUAUGCUGGUUAUCCCUGAGAUGGAACCCAAGAUGGAGGCUGUCGAGGACGGUUUUAUGAACGUCCAUCCUAUGCUUUUUGAGGAUAUCCGCAACGCCGUGGUCGAUGUUCCUUGCACUGAGUGCCCCUUCCGCGAGACUGACAAGAAUGGCGUCGUCAGCUGGACUGACAACAAGCCCUCCACUCUGAUGCUGGAUUUUUCCAUCGAAGAUAGCCGCCUCAUGGCCAACGGCCGACAAAUUUUCCCUCCUAUCCCCCCUUCUCCCAUCCACGCCGUCCAACAGUUGGAAGAUGGUGAGGAAUCCGAUCCCAUGACAGUAGGCUACGCCCUGGAGGUUAUGCCCCUGCCCUCUCCAGCUGAUACCCCCGAAACCGACUUCCUCGAUGUUCGUUUCACCGUUCUCGACAUCGAAUCCCACCCUGUCCCCGUCGACACUGUCGCCAUCACCCUGAUUGUCGAUCCCACUGGUGAUCUAUACAUCGCCAAAACUUCAAUCGAGACCACACCGGCCCCCGAGCGUUCAUCAUGGAAGAAGUGCCAGGGCAAGCCCAAGUGUCUACAGGAACUGCUGGUCGAUCGCGUCCGUGGUCUUCUUGCCUCUGCUAAGGAUCGUCUCACGAACCUGACCUCCCACAAGGGUGGUCGCAAGGGCUGCCAUGGAAAGCACAAGGGCAUGAUGGAGAUGGGUCCUCACGGUGAAUUCAAGCCCGAGGACUUCAGUCCUGAGGGCCACCACGGCCACCAUACCGGCCCUUACGUCCCCGAGAACGCGGGCCGCCCUCACCACGGUCACCACGGUCACCACCCGCCUCCUCCUCACGGCGCAUUCGCCCACACCUUCUCCCGCGUUGUUCGUUUCAUCGUUGUCCCCGCCAUUCUCGGAGUUCUGGCUGGACUUACCGCCAGUGCUGUUGGCAUGCUAGUGGGCCAGAUCGUUGUCUUCUGCUGGCAACGCUACCGCGGCACCCAGCCCAAGGAGCACAAGGCUGCUUGGGAAGACGGAAACUCUUGCGAGAAGCAGGGCCUGAUGGCCGACUCCGAAGAUGUUCUUCCAGAGUACGUCGACGAGUCGCAGCGUGGUUCCAUGGACAAGAACUAA